AUCCUCCUGCCGCCGCCGCCGCCGCCGCCGCUGCUCCUCCAGAUGGGCUGAAGAAGGGGAGCCAGCGAACUGUGCUGAGUCGCCAGCGGAAUCCCAAAGAUCUCCACGAUUCGGUGAUGCUGGACUCCCCUGGCUCUCACCGUCCAUUUCUUUCUAGGACGUGUUCCUCUCGCUUUGUGGGAGCCUCAGGUCUGCAGUCCACUCUGCCUCGGUGCUCUCUGAGCAGGCCAGGUGCCCCGGGGCAUCCUCUUUCUGUACUCAUCGUCCCUCUUGCUGAGCCUCUGCACCGGGAGCCCAAACACUCAUCUGUUCGGACUUUGGAGUCGUCUAUGCAGUCUCAGGUCCGUCUCGGUGCAGGAGAUCAGGGCAGUUUGCUCACCACUCUGCUACCCAGUCUCCCUACCGCGCAGCUCUCCUGCCAGUUUCUUAGUGUUUCGUCCUUGCCUGCCUCUGCCUCUCGUUCUCUACGUGCCUAUCCCCUGCCUGUUUGCCUGCCCACCUGGCUUAGGCUUGGGGACCCCAGGCAUUUGCCUGGGUACGGAAUAGGAAUCGAUAGGUUCGAUAGGUUCGAUAGGAGUAUAUUCAGAGAACCAGGAGGUGGAAUUUCGUACUGGGACCAGAAUCUGCCUCCAGUCUUUGCAGCACCUUGGGGAGGAUCAAGGAGUCCCGGAGCGUCAAUCCCUUCCGUUACAUUUUAUUUUUCUCUUUUUAAAACAUUUCGGAGGAAUCCCGGGCCCAGAGGGCUGGAUGCACUAGUGGGGCUGCUGAGGCCCCUUUGGGAGUGUGUGAGUGUGUGUGUGUGUGUGUGUGUGUGAGAGAGAGAGAGAGAGAGACAGAGACAGAGACAGAGACAGAGACAGACAGAGACAGAGAGAGAGAGUUAGUUCUCAAGAGUUAACUGAGGAACAGCUCUAGAGUUGCAGUAGCUGAACUCAGAAUGAGCUCCCUGAUAGACUUUGCCUUUAGUUUGGCGUUUUAUUUACUCACCCACCCACCACCUUUUUUCUUUUUCCUUUCUUCACUCUCUUUUUCUCUUCUCCUUUUCCUUCCUCUCCAUCUCUUUUUUUUUCUU